UAAAUAUUAAAUUUAAAAAAUUUUUUAAUAAUGUUGGUAUUUUGGUUUACAUUACAUUGAGUUUAUUAUGUAGUGAACGAAUCUAAUUAAACUUUAAAAUAAAAUUAUAUUAUGCUGAAAAAUAGAUAGAGGAAGUAAACUAUUUUCCAAAUCAAGAUUCAGUUGCAUAUAUUUAAGUAAUCAUGGAUCCUGCUUUGCUGAAAGAAAGAGAAUUAUUCAAACUUAAAGCUUCAGCUAUUCCUGUAGUUGAAAAAAGGUUAAGAGAAGACAAUAGCAAUAAAGAUGAGCUUAAAAGGAAAUCAAAACCAUUACCAUCUAUGCCAAGACCACCUUCUCCCCCAAAUACUGCAAGUUCAUUGAAUAGCUACAAGUCAUUUGGGCAAAGUUCUCAGUAUAAAUUUGGUGUACUUACCAAAAUAGUUAAGUAUAUUAGAGCUCGGCAUCAGGAUGGAGAUGAUCAUCCUUUAACAUUAGAUGAAUUACUGGAUGAAACUAAUCAAUUAGAUGUGGGAACUAAAGUAAAAACGUGGUUAGAAACUGAAGCACUACCAGGUAACCCUAAAAUUGAACGUACACCUGAUGGAAAAUAUAUGUUCAAGCCACCUUAUAAACUUAAAGACAGAAAAGCUUUGUUGAAGUUAUUAAAACAACAAGAUUUGAAAGGUUUAGGAGGAAUUAUGAUGGACGACAUCCAAGAAUCAUUACCUAAUUGUGAAAAAGCUCUAAAGUAUUUGCAAAAUGAAAUAUUAUAUGUUUGUCGGCCUGGGGAUAAAAAAAAAGUUAUGUUUUACAAUGACAAAUCUGCUACUAUUGAUAUCAAUGAAGAUUUUAAAAAAAUGUGGAGGAGCAUUGCCGUGGAAAAUAUGGAUGAUGAAAAGAUAGAGGAACAUUUGGAGAAACAGGGUAUAAGCUCCAUGCAAGAUAAUGGUAUCAAAAAAAUAAAUCAUGUUAAACGGAAGAAGCCAGUGACCAAGAAAAGAUUCUCUAAGAGACCAAGGGAUAAUGAACAUUUAGCUAAUGUGUUAGAAGAUUAUGACACAUUGUAAUUCUUUAUUUAAGUAUAAUUAUUAAUUAUUUUUUGUACAUUAAUAAAUAAAAUAAAAUUGUAUGCUAA